UCCUGGCAGCAGUUGGACUUUCCUCAAAGCUCUGCCACCGCUAGGGUCUGCUACAGAGAUUUCCUCUCUGGCUCCAUGUAGGCAGAGCCUAUGGGUUACACACCGCCUUCAGAGAGCGAGAGAGCAGUGUAAGUGUAGUGUUCAGGGGAAAAUGCCCACUGCUCGGACACGGUAGCCGUCCAUGUGCUCGUUUGAGGGUGGCGGAGUGAGUUAGAGGCCGCUCGCCUGCGCUUUGGAGGGCAGUGAAAAGCUAGAGCGAGAGGGAGGCAGAUGACGGCGAAGAGAGGCUCCUUCCAGCCGCUCUGCAGCAGCUCCCGCCUGGCGGAGAGGAAGGGAGCGGCACUCGGCGGAGCUAACGCGGAGCUCCAUGCCUCCUCUCCCCCUCAGCAGGAGCCCAGAGGAGCCGCAGCGCCGCCGGGAGCCGUCGGGGGAGCAGGGCCGGUGGACGAGUCGUCCGACAGCGAGGGAGAGCAAGAGGGGCCGCAGAAACUCAUCAGGAAAGUCUCCACGUCUGGGCAGAUCCGAAGCAAGACGAGCGUAAAGGAAGGCCUGCUCCUGAAACAGACCAGCUCUUUCCAGCGCUGGAAAAAACGCUACUUCAAACUCCGUGGCCGGACGCUUUACUACGCCAAGGAUGCCAAGACGGGUGGUGUGCUGGCCCGCUGGCAGUACCGGGUCUCGCGUAGCCGCGUGUGCUGGAGGGUGCUGUCCGUCUGCUGGUCCGGUGCACGCCGCCCGCCACCCUCUCUGGGUGCCAGCGGAUCCGAGGAAGGUUUGGUGGCGAUUCGGUCACUCAUCUUCGACGAGGUGGAUCUCUCAGAUGCCAGUGUUGCUGAAUCAAGCACAAAGAAUGUCAACAACAGUUUCACGGUAAUUACUCCAUUUCGAAGACUCAUCCUGUGCGCGGAGAACAGAAAAGAGAUGGAGGACUGGAUCAGUUCUUUGAAAUCGGUUCAGUCUAGAGAGCAUUACGAGACGGCACAGUUUAAUGUGGAACAUUUCUCAGGGAUGCACAACUGGUAUGCCUGCUCCCACGCACGCCCCACCUUCUGCAAUGUCUGCCGGGACAGCCUCUCAGGGGUCACUUCUCAUGGCCUCUCGUGUGAAGUGUGCAAAUUUAAAGCCCACAAAAGGUGUGCUGUCAGGGCCACUAACAACUGUAAAUGGACCACCCUAGCCUCUAUUGGGAAGGACAUCAUAGAAGAUGAAGAUGGGAUUGCGAUGCCACAUCAGUGGCUAGAAGGCAACCUGCCAGUCAGUGCCAAGUGUGCUGUGUGUGACAAAACAUGUGGCAGCGUGCUGCGCCUGCAAGACUGGCGCUGUCUAUGGUGCAAAGCUAUGGUGCACACAGCCUGCAUGGAUAUCUACCCCCGCAAGUGUCCUCUGGGCCAGUGCAAAGUGUCCAUCAUUCCCCCCACUGCCCUCAACAGUAUUGACUCAGACGGUUUCUGGAAAGCCACCUGCCCCCCAUCGUGUGCCAGCCCACUCCUAGUGUUUGUCAAUUCCAAAAGUGGAGACAAUCAAGGAGUGAAAUUCCUGCGCCGCUUCAAACAGCUGCUCAACCCGGCUCAGGUCUUUGACCUCAUCAAUGGUGGACCUCAUUUAGGGCUGCGUUUAUUUCAGAAGUUUGAUAACUUUCGAAUCCUCGUUUGUGGUGGAGAUGGCAGUGUGGGCUGGGUCCUCUCUGAAAUAGAUAAACUUAAUCUUCACAAACAGUGUCAGCUGGGCGUGCUGCCUCUGGGCACGGGGAACGAUCUGGCGCGGGUGCUUGGCUGGGGACCUUCGUGUGAUGACGACACACAGCUUCCUCAGAUACUGGCUAAACUGGAGCGGGCCAGCACCAAAAUGCUGGACAGGUGGAGUAUAAUGACGUAUGAGAUUAAAAUACCUCCAAAACACAGCUGUCCGGCUACACCUGAGGAGGCAGAGGACUGCCAGUUUCAGAUCACAGAUUAUGAGGACUCAGUCGCUGCUCAUCUCACAAAGAUCCUCAACUCAGAUCAGCACUCUGUGGUCAUAUCCUCAGCAAAGAUCCUGUGUGAAACAGUGAAGGACUUUGUAGCCAAAGUGGGGAAGUCCUAUGAAAAGAGCACAGAAAACACAGAAGAGGCUGACAGCAUGGCCCUGAAAUGUGGAAUCCUGAAUGAAAAGCUGGACCUGCUGCUGCAAACGCUGAACACGGAGGCCCAGGCCAUGAGGCCUCCUUCUCUCACCACCCCUCCUAUUGUAGAGGAGGAGCUGGAGGAGGAAGAGCUGCAGGAGGAGGAGGACCUGAGCGAGGAGUCACUGACUGAGCUGAAGGAGAAGCUGGAAGAGAACGUGACAGAGAAGGACUCUCCAAACAAGCUCUUCAGGCCGAGGGAGCAGCUCAUGCUCCGUGCAAACAGCUUGAAGAAAGCAGUCCGACAGAUCAUUGAGCAGGCCGAGAAAAUGGUGGAUGAACAGAAUGCCCAUACAGAUGAGCAGGACCUGCAGUCUCCUGCCGAUUUCAAAAAGGACACAGAGGAUGAAAACAAGGACAAUGAGAAGGAUGAAGACACUAAAGAGCUAGAGGCUCUGCCCCUGGCAAAGUCACCCUGUUCACCUACAGAGAGACGUGUGAGUCGCAGCACACAGUCCUGUGGUUCUUUCUCUAUCCCUCCAUUUACCACGAGCAAGGAGAACCUGCCUGUCCUAAACACACGCAUUAUCUGCCCAGGCUUGCGUGCGGGCCUUGCGGCCUCCAUAGCUGGAAGCUCAAUCAUAAGUAAGAUGUUGCUUGCCAAUAUCGACCCAUUUGGAGCUACACCAUUCAUUGACCCUGACCUAGAUCCACUAGAGGGGUAUUUGGAGAAGUGUGUCAUGAACAACUACUUUGGAAUUGGCUUGGAUGCUAAGAUCUCACUGGAGUUCAAUAACAAGCGUGAGGAGCAUCCUGAGAAAUGCAGGAGCCGCACCAAGAACAUGAUGUGGUAUGGAGUCUUAGGCACUAAGGAGCUGCUGCAGAGAACCUACAAGAACCUGGAGCAAAAAGUGCAGUUAGAGUGUGACGGACAGUACAUCCCGCUCCCCAGUCUCCAGGGGAUCGCUGUGCUGAAUAUCCCUAGCUAUGCUGGAGGAACCAACUUCUGGGGUGGGACCAAAGAGGAUGAUAUAUUCUGUGCUCCAUCAUUUGAUGAUAAAAUCUUGGAGGUGGUGGCUGUGUUUGGAAGUAUGCAGAUGGCAGUGUCCAGAGUGAUCAAGCUCCAGCAUCACCGCAUUGCCCAGUGUCGCACAGUGAAGAUUACAAUCCUGGGAGAUGAAGGCGUCCCUAUCCAAGUGGAUGGAGAGGCCUGGAUCCAGCCUCCUGGAGUCAUCAAGAUUCAACACAAGAACCGAGCCCAGAUGCUGACCAGAGACAGGGCAUUUGAGAACACACUGAAGUCUUGGGAGGACAAACUGAAGUAUGACAAACCUCCUCUACGGCCUCACCUGUACCCUCAGCACUCUGUGGACCUGGCCACUGAGGAGGAGGCCACGCUAAUCCAGAUGUGUGCUCGCGCUGCAGAGGAACUCAUCACUAGGAUCUGUGAAGCUGCCAAGACCAAUGGGCUACUGGAGCAAGAGCUUGCUCAUGCUGUUAAUGCUGCAUCUCACGCCAUCAACAAAACUCACCCUAAGUUCCCUGAGAGCCUGACCAGGAACACAGCUAUUGAGGUAGCCAGCACAGUGAAGGCCCUGCACAAUGAGACUGAGUCAGUCCUAGUAGGCCGAGUGUCAUUGCAACUGGACCCCCCUGAUGAGGAGCUGCUGUCCAGCGCUCUGCAGAGUGUGGAGGUGGAGCUGGGCAAGCUGGCUGAGAUUCCUUGGCUCUACCACAUUCUUCAGCCCAACGACGAAGAGGACCACUCCCUGGAGUACGGCAAGAGAAACAGUCGCAGUGGUAUGUUUCGCAUCGUGCCAAAGUUCAAGAAAGAGAAGGCCCUCAAGAAGUCCAGCCCACAGUCAGUUCAGAGGUGGGGCACUGAGGAGGUGGGAGCCUGGCUGGAGCAGCUCAGCUUGGGGGAGUACAAAGACACCUUCAUCCGCCACGACAUCCGCGGCUCCGAACUACUGCACCUGGAGAGGAGGGACCUGAAGGAUCUGGGGAUCUCGAAGGUGGGUCAUAUGAAGAGAAUUCUCCAGGGAACUAAGGAGCUGGCCAAGAGCGCCAUGGUGGACCUGUGAGGCUUGAGCACAUGUUCCCUUCGUGAGGAGCGGACGUUUUACUGAGCUCUGUUGUCUGGAAGAGCUCGGAUUCGAGGGGUUUCUCCCAUUGCUUUAGCAUAGCUUUAGAGAACCUGAGAAUGUGUUGUUUUAGAAUGAGUGCUGGUGCCAAAAGAGACGUAGUGGUAGAGUGAUCUAGGUGGGUGUAGAUUUACAAAAAAACAAAGCCAUUUUUUUACAUACUGCAUUGAUGGCACAAUCAGGUAUGCAACUCUCAUUGUAGAGGCAACUUCUGGCAUCUUUAAAAGAGUCAAGAGUAGCAAAACAGGACUUCCAUAAAGUGUUCACUGUGGGUGAAGUAAAGCCUUGUAAUAGCUCACUGGCUCUUUGCCUUGUGGUAAAGAUGGCUACAGUAGGAUGGGGAUGUGAUGUGUCAGCAAUAUUCUUCUUUCGACAGCACUGUUUACAUUUUAAGGAGACAGGAAAAUGGCUGCUGAAGCAUUGCAAUCAAAUGGCAAUCAUAGCAAAGUGGUUUGCAGUCCAGGAAAAAGUUUAAAGAGGGGUUUCCUGAAACAGUGACACUCUGAUGCAUGGUAUUUAUGCUUGAUUUGGAUAUCUAUUUCACUGCAUGAUUAGUGUCUUGUUUUUUUAUUGUACAAACUAACACUUGAACAAGUUUUAUAUGACUUUAGUAUGAUGCCAUUUGUUACUACUGAAGCAUCCCUGUGGUCUUAAUAGACUGCUGUUUGAUUUCUAUUUAUUUGUCUGCAUGAAACCUCUGUGUCAAAGAGCAGUGUCACGUGCCAUAUUUAUUGUAAAAUGUGCUUUAUUGGUAGGAGAUCAAUUAUUUAUAUCUGGAUAGCACAUUAACUAAGACGAAAUAUCAGUUCUUUGUGAAAACAGUACCAAAGUGAAUGUGCCCAAUAUAUUUUGUUGUUGAGAGGUUUUUAGUUUUCAUUAAGAUUUCCUCGCAAUUCAGUAAAAUAUAAUACUUGUGUCAUUUUCCCCCAAGAUCAGCAACAUUUAAUGUUAAACAGUACUUUUAAGUAUCAUUUCCCACAAAUUCAAUAGUAGUUAACAUUUAACAGAAAAAUCUAUUAUCAGCGCAUUAGUGUGGAAAUUCUUGUUAGAGUCGCCUCUCCACAUAUCGACUCCGAACGUACUUUAAAUGUAUCUAUUUUACUUGGAAUAGGUUUCGAGCAUAAGAUAUUGCAGUUGAUCUGCAAAUUUGCAUAGAUUUCUCAUGAUUGUCGCUCCUUAAAUUGCAUUUAGGGAUAAAAUGUAAAUUUGAUAAGAUACCCAGAACUAAAUUUUGUUAAGUUGAUGGCAUUACAGGGUAUACUAGUGUAAGUGAAGUUUUGUUUGUUAAUAUAUGCACUGUAAAUAUAUUGAACUGUUAAUUCCAGUUGUAAGGAACAUGGUUUGUAUAGAUUAAUGCUAACAUGAUAUAUUGAGCUUACACAUUUGAUUGUGUAUAGUGCACCAUGAUACCGAUGUGAAUUAUUCUAAUGUUUAGUAAUCGCCUUUAUAUGUUAAGUGCUGUUGUAUUCUAUUGAAGGUGCAAUAUUGUAUUUAUUUUGAUACAUUUUGUUCUCUAUGAAGCUUUAUUAUGUGAUGUUUUUCCAUGGAAAACAAAAACCAGUUCAUGCACUCCUUUCUUUCUUUUUUUUUAAUGUUAUUUUAUUUUGGUAUAAGGUGGACUCGUGGACAGACUUAUCAUGCCAUAUUCUUUCUAAAUUCAUACAAUCUUCCACAAGCAGAUCAUCAGUCAUAUCUACUAAACUGUGCUUCCAGGAUAAUUUGCUAGACAACUGGAUGUUCUCUUACACUGGCAGAACUGCCUGCUGUGCCUCUUUUAUUUUCUUUGUUAUGGACAUUUUAACAUUAGCUUAAAUCAAGUCCUGUAAAUCACAAGUAAACCAGACAUGUAGGUUUCAUGAUAGUUUGAUGUCAUAUCAUAAUCUCCCUCUAGAGGGUAGUAGGUCACAUCUGAAUAUCUGUCUAGAGAUUAAGUUGUUUUAUUCAGCGGAUUCCAGCCAAGUACUUAUUGACUGCUAGAAACAAAGUAUUUCUGUUCUUUUCCACCUACGUCUUCAUAAAGUCUUCAUAAAAUAACAUAGAUAUUGAAUCAAAGUAAAUUGGAAAUGAACACAGCGGACAUAAUAAAAGAUCAUCCAAGUCUGGCAAAUGGUCCUAAGUAGAACUGCAGAUUUUAAAUCCAACACUAGCCAUAAGUUUGGCUGCAUGGUCAACUGCAGACUUUCUAUUUGACUCUAAAAGAAGUGUCUAGAGAAUUUGAAGAGCAUGGAAAGGUGCCUAGACGACUGGCAGCAUGAGUUGAGAAGAAAAGGAGGAGGGCUGAUUGACUCUAAAUCUCCUUUUAAAAGACUAGGCAGUUUUUUGUACCAUAUGAGUCUUCACGCUUACAUGCACACAUUGUAAUUCAAAACUGAAUGUAGUAUUUUUAUGUUUUUAUUUUCACUUUACAGAACGGAUAUGCAUUGCCUUUGAAAGGAGUCAAAGACUGUAUGUGAAAAUCUCCCCAGUUCGCUAGAGUCAUUACCAAAGAUGCUAGUACAAAAUUGAUUCUACACAUUUCACCAUAGAAACCUGUACCACAGGGAUAGUGCCAUAUAUACUGUCAGAGAUGUGGAGUGAAAUGCCAAUAAUACUUUCAGAGUGAUUCUGCAUAUAGCACCUUGGAAGAUUUAAGGACUUGAUAGCUACAUGAAGCCCCUAAAGAUUUGGCCUUACAGUGUUUCCAUUUAUAAACUGUAGCAGGUUGACUGACCUCAGUAUAACGGUGCCUCUGUGCGUUUUUUAUUUGCUUUCAUUUCACUCAGAUCCCCAAGUGCAGUCUUCCUCUCAUGCUGCAGCGAGUUCAUCCGCACACCUAUGUAUAGCUGUCUCUGAACAAGUUCUCAAGAGUGUAUCUACUAGACCAGGAGUGUUUUUUUGAUAAGACGUCAAGCAGAAGCACGCUUGAGCUUAUCUAGAGAUGGUGUACAUAAAGCUGUAAACUGCCUGAUUUUUCAAAAUCCAAUUGACAUGAGAAAUUUUUAAUGCAGGAUUGCAUAUCGCAAACAUGAUCCUAUUAAGAGAUGUGCGAUGUGAGUUUCAUUUGUUUACAUUGUGUUUACAAUGGCACAGUUUAAUUUUUAAAACUAUGUGUAUAGCUAUAUACAGCAUUUGCAUAUUUAUUAAGGUUAAACAACUGAUGUGUAUGUGGUUUCACCAUUGGGAUAUAAUGUUACAGUAGUCACUUGUAUUGAUAUCUGGAUGAUUUUUUGGUAGUUGGUAAUUUUUAUGACUACUAAGUGACUGUUUUCUGUGCCUUUUUAUCGUAGAUGCAUGGUUAACUAUUUAUUACAAUAUGGAAGUCACUGAGAUGUGUAUUUUUGUAUCCUGAUUGAAUAAAUAAAUGUUUCGAUUUUGUUGUACAUUUUCAAGUGGUAACAUGGUACCACAUAAUAUCUUACUUCUUCAAUAAACCUGAAUGCAUACCUGCAAACCUGAA